CACGCAUAAUUUGGUACACACCCUGUGUUUAUAGUUGAUGCUAAUGAGACGACGUGCCUCGAUUGAUUGUAGGAAUAAAGAGUUAUAUAAACUAAACUCGCCGCCAUGCACAUACAGACCCCGUCUGCGAUAUAAUCGUCUCGGCUAACAACUCGUUGGAACCAUGCAGCUCAAGGUAGUUACAAUAGUAAUGCUUGUUACGCUUGUGGUGACAGCAGAACUGAAGAAAGGGAAAUCUCCGACAUGCAAGAAAACGGACAUCGAAAACGUGAUGACGACAUUAAACGAGUUAAAGACUGAAACACAAAAUUGUUCCGCAGGAAAUGUUGACAUCGCAAACGAUGUGUCCAAGGCCAAGGCGACAAUUGAGGGAGUAGAGUCCCUUAUUUACGAGCUACUUGAUAUUACAUAUGGGAUACGAUCUUCUUUGCCAUAUAUGCAGGAAAAAAUUCAGGAAGAUAUACAGAAUAUUAAAUGUGAAUCGGAAGAUGAAUCAAUGGAUUUUUGUUGGGAAGAGUUUUUGAUUUCUCGAACAUAUCCCAGAGUCGAGGAUGAUGCGUUGACAGCCUCUUCUGAAUGGAAUAGUAAUCUUGGUCCAAGCAGGGCAAGACUUGGCACACAAUAUCAAGAUCCAUUCGCCGGUGCAUGGAGCCCAAAAACAGCGGAUUUGAAUCAAUGGAUACAGGUAGAUCUGGGACGAUUGGUGCAGGUGAAUGGUGUUGUUACACAAGGAAGAUCGGACCAGGACCAUUGGACGAAAUCAUAUAAAGUUUCCUACAGCGAAGAUGGCGAAUCAUUUAAGUUCGCCAAGAUAGAUCAAACCGAGGUGAAAACAUCAUAUAUGGCGUCUUUUUAUGUGAAACAUUAUUGGUUUUUAGUUUUUGUUCCAUAUCAUGGCCGUAGCCAGGAUGUUAAAUAAGUCGAGAAUUUCAACAAUGCCAACUAUGAUAGAAAUACUCCUGUACUCCUCCCGAUCGAUUCACCUGUGAAAGCGAGGUACAUCCGCCUCCACCCUACACGCUGGAACAACUGGCCUUCUUUGAGAUUCGAUUUCACUGGAUGCGAUAUUAUUGAACACUCUAUCGACUGGUAGAAUCAAUCAAAAUGAUUGAAGCGAUCAAUGUGAAUUUUUGCUUUUCACAGAACUAUAACUAUUCAUUUCUCUCUUAAUGUGUAACUUUUCAAUGAAAAAAAUACAGCUUCAUUGGAAUUAAA